AUGUCAGCCGCAGCGGCCACCGCUGAGGUCACAGAUGCCGCCACAGCGGCCACCGCUGAGAUCACUGCAACAGCCACCGCCACAGCAGCCACCGCCGCAGCAGCCACUGGCGCAGCAGCCACCGCCGCAGCAGUCACAGGCGCAGCAGCCACCGGCGUAGCAGCCACCGGCGCAGCAGCCCCCGCCGCAGCAGGGGACGGGAGGUACAAAUACCCGCCGGAAGCGCGCGGCGCGCAAAAGGACGGACCAAGGGACGGACGGACGAAUUUCGUAUCGAUAUCCGAAUCAACCGCCACAAUGGCAGCCGCAGCGGCCACCGCUGAGGUCGCAGCUGCCGCCACAGCGGCCACCGCUGAGGUCACUGCAGCAGCCACCGCCGCACUAAGGGGCGUUUGGCCAAUCUAG